AUGACUCAAGUUCGCAAACCUUCAAGCGUCAAGCUCGCGGAGUAUCUUUUCACUCGCUUACACGAUCUCGGCAUAGGUGCCAUCCACGGUGUUCCAGGAGACUUCAACCUCACAUUGCUCGACUAUGUCGAACCCGCAGGGCUACUAUGGGUCGGCAACGCCAACGAACUGAAUGCAGGAUACGCUGCCGAUGGAUAUGCUCGUAUCAAGGGCGUCGGGGCCCUCAUCACGACAUCCGGCGUUGGCGAGCUCUCAGCCAUCAACGCUGUCGCUGGGGCCUAUGCUGAACGCGCAGCCGUGGUUCACAUCGUCGGCACGCCCUCUAGGGUCCUACAGGAUAGCAGAACCUUGAUGCAUCACGGCUUCAAUGAUGGAAACUACAGACGGUUCGCGGAGAUGCACUCUCACGUCACCGUUGCGCAGGCGAAUCUCAGAGAUGCAUCUUCGGCACCGCGUCAAAUUGACGAGGUACUGAGGCAGUGCCUGGCCCAUAGCCGUCCGGUCUACAUUGAAAUUCCUCAGGAUCUGGUUGCCGUACCGGUUUCGGCCGAUAGGCUAGAUACACCGAUUCAGCUUCCCGAUGCUGUGCCAACAUCGGCCGACGAGACUGCUCUCGCAGCAAUCCUGGGCAAGAUACACGCUGCGAAACAUCCCAUGAUUAUCGUCGAUGGAGAGACGAGGCCGUUGGGUCUCGUCGAGCAGACCGAGAAGCUGGUGAAAGUGACGGGCUGGCCGACCUGGACUACUGCUUUCAGCAAGUCACUGGUCGACGAGAGUCUGCCAAAUUACCACGGUAUCUAUACAGGUAGAUUUGCCGAUCCUGCCGUCAAGACGUUCGUCGAAAAGGCGGACUUGAUCCUGUGCUUCGGUCCUCAUUUCAGCUCGACAAACACUUAUGCUUUCUCAAGCAUACCCAAGCCGGAUGUAACAAUCCUCUUCAGCGACAACAUCAAAGUGGCGGACCAAAUGUACCGCGAUGUCACCAUUAGAGCGGUAAUCAGCUCCCUUCUCGGACAACUCGAAAAGUCCAAGAUUCAUCAUUAUGAUCCUUACCCAGAACUUCCUAAAGACCACGGCAUGAAUUUCUCAGAGGUGGAGAGUGAGGAGAAGAUAACUCAGUCCAAGUUUUGGCAUCUCACGUCCAGUUUCCUGCGUCCAGGGGACAUCAUAUUCGGAGAGACGGGAACGGCCGGCCAUGGCUCUCGAGUCUUUGCCCUACCGUCCCAUACUAGAAUGUUCCUCCCGACAACUUGGCUUUCCAUCGGAUACAUGCUUCCUGCUGCGCAAGGCGCGGCCUUAGCGCAGCGAGAACUGAUCGAGUCAUCCAAAUACCACGAAAUUCAGGAGGCACGCACGAUUCUCUUCAUCGGCGAUGGUAGCUUCCAGAUGACGGUUCAAGAGAUCUCUACCAUGGUGCGCCACAACCUUGACGUGAUCAUCGUCCUUCUUAACAAUGACGGGUACACCAUUGAACGAUGCAUACACGGGUUGGAUCAGUCCUACAACGACGUCGCCCGCUGGCGCUACUUGCAGGCGCCGGGUUUCUUCGGAGGCAAUCCAGAGACGUAUACAGGCUCUGCAAAGACCUGGGGUGAGCUGGAGAAAGUGUUGAAGGAUGAUGAGCUGAAAGAUGGGAAGGGCUUGAGGAUGGUGGAGGUUUUCAUGGACCUUGAUGACGCGCCGGCGGGCGCCCUGCUUGAGUUACUCAAGAAGGAGAAGGAGAGAAUUGCAGAUGGUCAAGCAUAG